CUUUAUGUCAACUGUCGCAAACAGCUGGACAACAACAAUAUUAAAAAGGGAUUAAAGGUUUCAGUUUUGUAAAUCUUACUUUGUUGCGAAUUACAAGCAUGUCGAAUAAUAAUAUCUCUGGAGAAGAUUGUGACGGUCUAGACCGAGGCGACAACGAUGGCCAGAAGUCGGACAAAAUGUUCACGUUGAAGAAAUGGAAUGCAGUGGCUAUGUGGAGUUGGGACGUCGAGUGUGAUACCUGCGCGAUUUGCCGCGUCCAAGUUAUGGACGCCUGCCUACGCUGCCAAGGCGAAAGCAAGAAGGACUCAUACGGCAAGCAGGACUGCGUGGUGGUCUGGGGCGAGUGCAAUCACAGCUUCCACUUCUGCUGCAUGUCGCUGUGGGUGAAGCAGAACAACCGCUGCCCGCUGUGCCAGCAGGAGUGGUCCAUACAGCGGAUGGGCAAGUGAAGCUUCUGGAAUUUCUGGAUGCCUUCCUGGUGUCCACGUAACGCAAACUCAGAGCUUGCACGGUGUCAAGUAAAAUUAAAAUCGUAAGGAAUACCGAUAUUUUGUUGAUAUGACUUUAACGACCUUUAACCAUUACCAUAAAUAUGUAUUUAUAUAAUAAAAUACUGGUUAAGUUAUGAA